CAGAGGUGAGGGUGGGGGCAGCCGGCCCUUUCUGUUGAGGCCUACUGCAUGUGUCCCCUUCCCUCACAGGAAAGGAACACAGGCCAGCAAGAGGCAAGGCCACGACUUGAACUGACAUGUGACCACAGACCUGGGCACUGACACCAGGACAAGGUUUGCUUUGACGCCUCCUGGCCUAGUCUGUGAAACACGGCACCUGCCUUCCGGCCUCCAUCAGCCCUGGAAUGAUGCCCUUUGUGAGGUGGCCUGGGGGUGACAGCAGGUUCCGAGCCGUGGGCGGAACCUGAGCAGGGCCUGUGUAGGAGAUGGUGCCUGCCAUGCUAGGGCCUCUGUGUCCCAGAGCUGGGUUCGGCUUUCUUGUCUUGUACCUUGUCCUGGCAGCUAGAGUCCUGUGCCCUCAGCCCCUGAGGUGCUGCCCCUGCCCUCCUGGGAGAGGAGUUGGUCCACGGUUCCAGGCCUCCGUGGAACUGGUGCAGCCGCUGUCCAACCUAGAUGAUGACUACGGGCUCCGACCCAGGCACCCACGGCUGAGACACCCAGGGCGGCCAAGGCCUUGGCCCCUCUUCUCCCUGGCCCAGCAGCGCAAGCGGGAUGGGCCAGACAUGGCUGACUAUUACUAUGAGGAUGCCCGAGGUGACUGAUGGGACCUGCAUAAAGCUGUUCUGUCAGCAGAGGCUCAGGCUUCCUGCAUGUGCCCGAGGUGACACUGGAGGGGGCCACAUAGCACACAGGCACUGUGGUC